AUGACCCAUAACGACAGUCUGACUUUGCAAUCGAACAAAACCUUCAAUCCAGAGAUGAUAUCACAGGUAGACAUACCGACCGAGCGCGAUCCAUUACUCGUGAAGAAAGCAUCCUUAUCAUUAUCCUCAACGCCAACACUGUCAAAAGCGCAAAAACGAGCGGGCAUCGUCCAGUUCCUUGCGCUAUGCUGGUCGCUGUUUAUGAUAGGCUGGAAUGACGGUUCGAUUGGGCCAUUGCUGCCCAGAAUAAUGCAGGUCUUCGAUGUGCGUGUGCGUCUCUGGUUGAGCAUACGCCUCUCAUUCGUUAUAGGUCAACUAUGGAACGGUGUCCUGGAUCUUUGUGCUGACAUGCACGUGUUUGAAAAAUUUGACUCAUUACCCAAUCUCCAACAGGGUGUAGUAUUUGGCGCGCUCGCAAAUAUGCCAUUGAAUGACAAAUAUGGGUAUGGGAAGAUCCUUGUCCUGGGCGCCAUUCUUCAAAUGUUCGCGUUUAUUACGCAGUCAUCUGCGCGUACGCUUCCAUUUUCAGCUUUUGCAGCUUCUUUCUUUCUAGGUGGGAUUGGAAUGGCGAUACAGGAUGCACAAUGCAAUGGAUAUAUAGCGCUCGUCAAACACGAAGGGGAGUUGAAGAUGGGAUUCUUGCAGGCCUCAUACGGUCUAGGUGCCUUAAUUGCCCCCUUAUCGUCCACGCAAUUCGCUCAGGCUCCGACCCGGUGGUCGGGCCAUUACCUCAUCUCAUUCGUGCUAUCCGUGUUGAAUGUAAUACUGCUCAGUGCCGUGUUCAAGUUUAGAGCACAGGAUGAAUGUCUACGCGAGUCCGGAGAGAUUAUUCCCGAGUCUGCUAUCAGAAACGCGGUCAGCGGGUCUGGAAGUGAAGGAGAUGGAAAAUACAUGCAAAUGUUGCGUAUGAAGGCGGUGCAUCUGCUUGCUCUAUUUUUGAUCUUGUACAUCGGGGUUGAGGUCACCAUCGGAGGAUGGAUUGUGACGUUUAUGAUGGUUGUGCGUGGAGGAGGACCUGAGUCCGGAUAUGUUGCCGCCGGAUUCUUUGGAGGUCUUACGCUGGGUCGGAUUGCGUUAAUAUGGGUCAAUCAAAAGCUUGGAGAGGUUAGAGCAGUGUAUCUCUACACCGCACUGGUUAUCUUUGCCCAGCUCCUCGUUUGGAUUGUUCCCUCUCGCCUCAUCAACGCCCUUCUCGUCUGUACCAUCGGCUUACUCCUCGGGCCCAUGUAUCCAAUUGCGAUCAGACACGCAGCGCGAGUUAUUCCACGCUCGCUGGUUACGGGCGCAAUAGGCUGGAUAGCCGCCUGCGGGGCAGCUGGAAGCGCAUUGCUUCCGUUUGUGACUGGCCGUAUAGCAGAGGAGAAAGGGAUUGGAAGUUUGAUGCCAUUCUUGUUGGUAAUGAUGGCUGUCAUGGGCGUGGUUUGGUUUAUGGUACCAACUAAGCCAGUCGAGGAGGAAUAA